UCGUCUCGGAUCCCGAAUCUCCACCGCCAUCGCCGGCGGAGGGGGAGCUCUCGGCGUGAGCUCUUCGGCCUUCCGGAUGCGGGAUUUGAAUUUGCCGAGCGCGAUCCGAGCCUGAAACCUGCUGGAUUCCAUGGACGUGGAGCGAUCGUCCCUGUGCAACUGCGCGGUGAACUUCCUGCUGGAGGAGAACUACCUGCUGACGGCGUUCGAGCUCCUCCACGAGCUCCUCGACGAUGGCCGCGACGCCCAGGCCAUCCGCCUCCGGGAGUUCUUCGCGGAUCCCUCCCAUUUCCCUCCCGAUCAGAUUUCUCGCUUCAACACUCUCCGAGUUGCAGACCCUCAGAGUUUGCUCGAAGAGAAACAAGCAUUGGAGGAAAAAAUGGCCUUCUGUGAAUACGAGCUCCGUUUGGCGCAAGAGGAUAUCACAAAGUUGAAGACAGAAUUGCAGAAGAAAUCAGAUAUUUCUGCAAAUGAAUUAAGUGUUCCUAAUGUAGAGUCUACAAAAGGAGGACAGGAUGUACAGAGACAAAAGAGGGAUAUUUCAUUUUCUGACCUGGGCCCUUUAAAGGAUAACGAACGGUGCGAUCUUAACUGUGCGGUGAAAGAAUAUUUGCUUAUAGCAGGCUACAGGCUGACUGCAAUGACUUUUUAUGAGGAGGUCACAGACCAGAACCUUGACGAGUGGCAGGAAACAUCAGCACGUGUGCCAGAUGCUUUAAGACAUUACUAUUAUCAGUAUCUUUCAUCCACUACAGAGGCAGCUGAGGAGAAAGUUGCCAUGAUUCGGGAAAACGAGUCUUUACAACAAGCAAAUGAGAAUUUGAUUAACGCCAAAGAAGUUCUAGUGAGAAGCAAAGAUGCAGCAGAGGGUCAAGUAGGUGUAUUGACCAAAACAUUAGAAGCUUUGCAGAAAGAUCUGAAAGAUCGGGAGACCCAGGUACAAGUUUUGAAGCAGUCCUUGGAGCACCAAAGGGAGGAGCUAAAUGAAUGCAGGGCUGAAAUUACCUCACUAAAGAUGCAUAUUGAAGGAUCUCUUUCUGGAAGAAACUUGGCAGCUGCUGAUAUUGACCAUGUCCAAUCUCAAAUAAUGGAAAGAUACAAGGAAGAAAUAAAACUGCUGCAGCAGGAAUUAGAGACUUUGAAGGCCAAAAAUUUAGUUGCUCCUGAUUUUCUUGAUUUGGUCAACUCUAAGGAAGAACCUAGGGAGAGAGAAGAAGUUGUGGAUAUACAUGAAGAUAAAGAUGUCUUGCCUCAGUCGUUUGAUAGUCAACCAGGCAUUGGGGAUGGGCUGGUUAGCCCCAGCCGUUCACCUGCUGUUGAAGCCUUUGGUGAUGAUGCUCCUAAACCUCAGGAAGUUUUGCAAGAUACGGUUAUUAAACCUUCACCUGAGAACCCCACUUUUAGUAAUGGUGACAGUGUUGCCAAGCAAAAUGGUGAAGUGCCAAAUGAGGAUAGUGGGAUCCUCACAAACUCUGAUGAUUUAAAGGGUGGAGCUGUCAAAGAAAGGAUGGGUCCGGAAACAAUUCAAAUCCUUGCAGAUGCUCUACCAAAGAUAGUCCCUUAUGUUCUGAUCAACCAUCGAGAGGAGCUUCUUCCUCUGAUCAUGUGUGCAAUUGAGCGGCAUCCAGAUAGCAGCACAAGAGAUUCCUUGACACAUACGUUAUUUAAUUUAAUCAAACGUCCGGAUGAACAACAGAGGCGAAUCAUAAUGGAUGCUUGUGUUACCCUUGCCAAGAAUGUGGGAGAGAUGAGAACAGAAACAGAAUUGCUUCCUCAGUGUUGGGAACAAAUAAACCACAUGUACGAGGAGCGUAGACUGCUUGUUGCUCAGUCGUGUGGUGAACUUGGAGAAUUUGUGAGGCCUGAGAUUCGUGAUUCUCUUAUUUUGUCAAUUGUUCAACAACUGGUGGAGGAUUCUGCUACCAUUGUCCGAGAAGCUGCUGCGCACAACUUGACUUUGCUGCUGCCUCUCUUUCCAAACACGGACAAAUAUUUCAAGGUUGAGGAGUUGAUGUUUCAACUGGUCUGUGAUCCCUCUGGUGUGGUGGUAGAAACUACUCUGAAGGAACUAGUUCCAGCAGUUGUGACUUGGGGAAAGAUGUUGGACCAUGUCCUUAGAGUUUUACUCUCUCACACUUUAAGCUCAGCUCAGCGCUGUCCACCACUUUCGGGAGUUGAGGGUUCUGUGGAGUCGCAUCUUCAUGUUUUAGGAGAACGUGAGCGGUGGAAUAUCGAUGUUCUGUUGAGGAUGCUUUCAGAAUUGCUUCCCUUUGUAUAUCAAAAAGCAAUUGAGACAUGCCCGUUUUCUUCUGCUUCGGAAUCAACAGGAACUGUAAUUUCGAGUUCCUUAUUGGAGCUGUAUUCUGAGGGAAGAUUGGAGUGGCCUGCAUUUGAAUGGAUGCAUGCAGACUGCUUUCCUGAUCUAAUACUGCUGAUGUGCUUGUUGCCUCAGAAAGAAGACAAUUUAAGAAAUCGAACCACAAAGUUCCUAUUAUCAGUAUCAGAACAUUUUGGAGAUUCCUACCUGACGCAGAUAAUGUUGCCCAUAUUUAUGGUGGCAGUCGGGGACGAUGCUGAUUUGGAGUACUUCCCGCCUACUGGCCGUACAAAAAUCAAAGGUUUGAAACCAAGAACUGCUGUUGCUGAGAGAAUUGCCACAAUGUGUGUCUUGCCGCUUCUCCUCGCUGGUGUUUUAGGUGCUCCUAGCAAGAGAGAACAGUUGGCAGAGUACUUAAGAAGGCUCUUGGUUCAAGAAACAGGGAUGGAGAGUCAGACAAAGCAAGAAACUGAGAUUUUUUAUGCUGUCCGCUUCCUUUGUACAUCUGAAGAGCAUCAUGCCAUGAUCUUUGGCAUAUUGUGGGAAAUGGUUGUUAGCUCAAAUGUAAAUAUGAAGAUCAGUGCAGCCAACUUGUUAAAAGUCAUGGUUCCUUACAUCGAUGCAAAAGUUGCAUCAACUCAUGUUCUUCCUGCUCUGGUGACUCUUGGAUCUGAUCAGAAUUUAAAUGUGAAGUAUGCAAGCAUAGAUGCUUUUGGAGCUGUGGCCCAACACUUUAAAAAUGACAUGAUUGUCGACAAGAUACGGGUACAGAUGGAUGCUUUUCUUGAAGAUGGAUCACAUGAAGCUACUAUUGCUGUUGUUCGUGCACUAGGGGUAGCUGUACCUCAUACAACAGAACAGCUGAGGGAUUAUCUUUUAUCCAAGAUUUUUCACUUCACCACCAUACCAAUUCCUGCCAGUGAUGUGAUUCGUCGUCGUGAAAGAGCCAAUGCCUUUUGUGAAUCUAUUCGUGCUCUGGAUACUACAGAUCUCUCUGCAACUAGCGUCCGGGAUUUCCUCAUACCAGCCAUACAAAACUUGUUGAAAGACUUGGAUGCACUUGAUCCAGCUCACAAGGAAGCUCUAGAAAUUAUACUGAAGGAAAGAUCGGGUGGAACUUUGGAGGCUAUCAGCAAAGUGAUGGGUGCUCAUCUCGGGCUUCCGACUUCUAUGACUAGUUUUUUCGGUGAGGGAGGACUUCUUGGGAAGAAAGAAAGUGCGGAGACGCCAGUAGAACAAGCAGAGUCGCCAAAGGCGGUACCACAGCCUCCGAUGGAGGACACACGCUUCAGGCGUAUAAUGAGAGGAAACUUCACAGACAUGCUCCGGGGAAGGGCCAAAAGCCAGGAGGAUCAACCUCUAUGAAAUGGGCAGUUUUGAAAUUUUUUCUUUACGUGUAAAUGAUCUCAAUCAAUUCUUUUGACUUCGACGAGGUGAUAUAAUAUUGAAUCAAGAAUAGAGAAAAGAUGAGAAAGAAUAGGUCUUUAUUUCCCAUUUUCUUUUGGGGGUUUAUUUUUCGAAUAAAACUUUAGAUUUUUGUCUUCUCAGUUCUGUCCUGCCCGUUCAUCAUUGGCUGCUGUUGUCUUGUACGCGUUUCCAAGUGCUAAGUCGCUGGCAAAAAUUGUCAAAUUCUCAUC